AUGCCAAAUGACCGCAACAUUGGCAACGAGCCUAUCGCUAUUGUGGGAAGUGCUUGUAGGUUCCCUGGUGAUGCGAUCUCUCCUUCAAAGCUCUGGGAGCUCGUCAAAGAGCCUAGAGACGUCCUAAGCCUUAUACCUAAAAGCCGAUUCAACGCCGCGGCAUUUUACCACCCGGAUGGCUCUCAUCACGGAACCAGCAAUGUUCGCCAUUCGUAUGUGCUGUCAGAUGAUAUCCGAUAUUUCGAUGCACAGUUCUUCGGAACGAAACCAGUCGAAGCAAAUGCAAUGGAUCCUCAGCAACGUCUCUUACUUGAAGCCGUGUAUGAGGGUAUGGAGUCGGCAGGCAUACCAAUGGAGAAACUGCGAGGGUCAAAUACGGGUGUCUAUGUCGGAGUUAUGACCAAUGACUACGGAGACCUGAUGGGAAAGGAUAUCCAAAUGUUUCCGACGUAUUUUGCGUCCGGUAUAUCAAGAUGCAUCCUUGCCAAUCGCAUUUCAUACUUCUUUGACUGGCACGGCCCCUCGAUGACUGUCGACACCGCAUGCUCUGCUAGUCUUACUGCCAUGCACCAAGCCGUGCAAAGCUUACGCUCCGGAGAGGCUAAUGUCGUAGUUGCCGCUGGCUCAAACCUCCUCCUGGGCCCUGAGCAAUACGUUGCGGAGAGUAAGCUGAAAAUGCUUUCCCCAAACGGUCGCUCAAAGAUGUGGGACAAGGAUGCGGAUGGCUAUGCGCGCGGCGAAGGCAUUGCAGCUGUUAUUCUGAAGCGCCUGAGUGAUGCUUUGGCCGAUGGCGAUCAUAUUGAGUGUGUUGUUCGGGAAACUGGCGUGAAUCAAGAUGGCAAGACCAAGGGUAUCACAAUGCCGAGUCCGAGCGCUCAAGCUGAUUUGAUUCGGUCAACAUACGAGAGAGCUGGAUUAGAUUUAUCGAAAGCCAGCGAUCGGCCGCAGUAUUUUGAGGCGCAUGGAACAGGAACCCCUGCCGGUGACCCGGUCGAGGCUGAGGCUAUUAGCACUGCUUUCUUCGGCUCGCAGCCUAACUACUACCGUGAUGAUACUCAAGAGCCCCCUUUAUAUGUAGGCUCUAUCAAGACAAUCAUCGGUCAUACUGAGGGAACCGCGGGCUUGGCAGCUGUUCUGAAAGCCUCACUUGCUUUGCAACACGGGAUUCCAUUCUAUGGCAAUCUUCGAAUCUUAGAUGAGGCACAAAAGUGGCCAGAGCGAUCACCCCGCGCCCCGCGCCGCGCAAGUGUCAACAGUUUUGGAUUUGGAGGUGCAAAUGCACAUGCAAUCUUGGAAUCGUUCGAAAACACGUCGGCACAGAAUGAGUCGGUGGAUGAAGAGGCAGAGAUAUUCACGCCAUUCAAUUUCUCAGCAGCAUCCGAGAAGUCGCUGAUGACCAAUCUCAAAUCUUACUUCAAUUUUCUCACGAGUCACCCAAUGACAAAUCUCCAAGAUUUAUCAUGGACUUUGAACUGCCGCCGAUCUACUUUGCCCGUUCGACUAUCUAUUGCAGCAUCAAGCGUUGACAGCUUGAUCUACAGCUUAGAUCAAGCGGCUCAAAGUCCUUCCUCAAACGUGAAGCUUGCUGGCCAGACCACAAGUAUGGAGGCGCCAAAGCUUCUCGCGGUGUUCACUGGCCAAGGGGCGCAAUGGGCCGCCAUGGGGGCGGAGUUGAUAACAUCAUCAAACCUAGCCACUAACUGCAUUGCUCGCCUCGACAGGUCUCUGCAAGCCCUGCCGGUAGAGAGCCGUCCCAAAUGGAGUCUGAAAGAUGAAAUAUUGAAGGACAAGACCUCAUCUCGCAUAUCAGAGGCUCUUUUUUCCCAAACCAUAUGCACGGCAAUUCAGAUACUCCUCGUCGAUCUUCUAGAAGCAGCUGGGGUUAGUUUCACGGCCGUCGUGGGCCAUUCGUCGGGCGAAAUAGCGGCUGGGUACGCGGCAGGAUACAUUUCCGCUGAAGACGCAAUCAGGGUUGCAUACUAUCGUGGAUGGUCAUUGCAGUACGCGGCAUCACAAAGCGGAGCGAAUGGUGCUAUGAUGGCCGUAGGAACCUCUUUUGAAGAUGCUAAAGAGCUCUGUGCAUUUGAAGAUCUCGAUGGGCGACUCUGCGUGGCAGCUAGCAACUCACCCACCAGCGUCACUUUGUCUGGUGAUGCCGAUGCCAUCGAAGAAGCGAAAUACAUUCUCGAAGACGAAAAUAAAUUCGUUCGCUUACUAAAGGUAGAUAGGGCUUAUCAUUCCCAUCACAUGCUCCCGUGUGCAAGCCCAUACAUCGAUGCGACACGAAAAUGUGGGAUCGAAGUCUUGUGUCCGUCCGAAGAUCGUCCGAGAUGGAUCUCCAGCGUGUACGGCAAAGACAUCAAAGAAGUACAGGACAGUCUGAGGGGAGAAUACUGGAGCAACAAUAUGAUUCAUCCUGUUUUGUUUUCCGACGCUUUGGCCGUUGCCAUCAAAGAGUGUGGACCCUUUGACAUGGCAAUUGAAAUUGGUCCCCACCCAGCCUUGAAGGGACCUGGCCUGGAAACAAUUACAGAAAGGAUAGGGCGCUCAAUUCCCUAUUCAGGGACAUUAAGCCGCGGAAAGAACAGCAGGGAAGCAUUCGCUUCCGCAUUGGGAGAUAUCUGGGCUUCAAUAGGGGAAAACGUAGUUGACUUCUCCAGCUUCCAACACAAGAUGAUCGGGUCGAAGGGGAAACAGGAGCGACAACCAUUGAAAGGACUGCCUUCAUACUCGUGGGACCAUGACCGCACAUAUUGGCACGAAUCUCGCAUGUCCUUGGAGUUCAAAAACGGGAAUGUUGAUCAUUUCCAUUCAUUACUUGGGACCAAAACUCCCGACGCGACACCGAUGGACUUGCGCUGGCGGAACUUCCUUUUCACUCGCGAAUUGCCAUGGCUUAAACAUCACCAAGUUCAAGGACAGAUUGUUUUCCCUGCUGCUGGAUACAUCUCAGCAGCAGUAGAGAUCAUCCUGGAGGAAUACGGACUUGGAUCAAUUCAGUUGAUUGAGUUUAAUGAUACUAUCAUCGGCCAAGCUUUGCUGCUUGAUGAAGCUGCUGGUGUGGAGGUUAUUUUCACUCUCAAAAUUACCGAAACGAUUCAGAGGACUGUGAAGGGUGUCUACAAUUGCUACUCAGCUCCGAAAAAGACUGGCACUCCAAUGCUUCUCCACGCUUCUGCUCAAGUCAGCAUCUCGCUUGGACCUCCAACUAACGAUAUUCUACCAGCACAAGACGACACCAACGAGAUACCUCUGGCCGUUGACCCGAAACGGUUCUAUGACUCUGUUUCCGACCUUGGCUUUGGUUAUACAGGCCCAUUUCAUGCCCUCUCUGAUCUCAGGAGACGAAUGGAUGAGGCAACCGGGAAAAUUGCGGUACCACUGCAUGCUGAAUAUGGAGCUCCUCUGCUCAUUCACCCUGCGCCAUUGGAUGCCGCACUCCAAGCCAUUAUGCUGGCAUACAGUUUCCCUGGCGAUGGCCGCAUGCUGAACAUUCAGCUUCCAACAAAAAUCGACCGCCUUCGUAUCAAUCCCAAAGUUUUGAGUCAAUCAGCCACCCCUGGUUCAUAUCUUCCCUUUAGAUCCUCCGCAAUUACGACCAGCUUCUCAGACCUUUCAGGCGAUGUGGAUAUGUAUUCUUCUGAUGGUGUCAACACAGCCAUACAGCUCGAGGGGCUUCAUACAACGCCCUUGACCCCCUUCUCAUCCGAGAAUGAUGUGCCCAUGUUUACUAAAGUUACGUGGAAUCUAGAAGCCCCAGCCCAGAGGAAACUGGAGACUCCAGUCAUCGAAUUUGCGGCCGACUAUACCCUUUCCUUGGAUCUGGAGAGGAUCUCACAUCAUUACUUGAGAAGACUGCAUCAAACCAUCCCCCUUCCAGAGAAUACGGACAUUGCACAGCACCACAAAUAUUUUCUCAAGUAUGCAAGCUACUGCGCUGCUCACGUGCAAUCUGGCAGUCACCCAUUUGCAAAGCCAGAAUGGGCGGACGACACUGCUGAUGACAUAUUGAAGGUUUUCGAGAGACAUGCAGAAAGCUUUGAAGUGAAAUUGAUUCGGCAAAUUGGAGAAGACCUCCCAAGUAUUGUGACCGGACGGCAGACCCUCCUGGACGUUAUCGUGAAAGACCGUUCCUUGGAACGAUUCUAUCGAGAAACCUUUGGAAUCGACACCUACUUGCAAGAGCUGGGUAGUAUCGCAGGCCUAAUCAGCAACCGAUACCCACACAUGAAGAUCCUUGAGAUUGGAGCCGGAGAGGGGGAAGCAACGGAGUCUAUUCUGCGCGAAAUUGGCACGGCCUUCACCUCUUACACAUGCACGGAUUUUCUCAAAUCACAAGUCGAGAAUCUUCACGAGAACCUUCAAGGGCGUAACCCGCGAAUGGCAUUUCAGGUUCUAGAUAUCGAGAAAGACAUCGCAGAUCAAGGCUAUGCAGAAGAGUCAUUUGACCUGGUGGUUGCUUCCAUGUCAUUGUACGCAACUAAAUGUCUGCAAACUACUCUUGCCAACGUGCGCCGUCUCAUUAAACCCGGUGGCUAUUUGAUCUUGCUGGAAGCGACCGACCCAAAUGUUAUGCGACUUGGCCUCAUACUUGGAAGCCUCCAGGCUUGGUGGAUGGGUCACUCCGAAGGUCGCAAUAUUACGCCUUUUGUAUCCGUGCAGAAAUGGAAUGAGCUUUUGAAGUCCAGUGGCUUCUCCGGGAUUGACAGGUGCAUGCCGCACAGCAAAGAACUCCCUGUGCCCUUCUCACUCAUGGUUGCCCAAGCCACCGAUGAUAGGGUGGACUUCCUGCGGGAUCCCGUUGCUGUUCACCACGCCAAAUUAGGUGUGAAGUCGCUGACUAUCGUGGGGGGCAAAACUCCAUCGACGUCGGCUUUGGUCAGUAAUAUCAAGAAAGCCGUUUCGAAACAUUAUGAGAGUGUCAGCGUAUCUCCCUCCCUUUCGGACAUCAUCCCUGACGAGCUUCCAGUCAUGGGGACAGUCCUUAGUCUGACCGAGCUGGAUGAACCUUUCUUCCCCUCAAUGACGCCCAAUGCUUUCAAAUCAUUCCAGAGUGUAUUUGAACGGAGUGAAAAUGUGUUGUGGGUCGCGCAUGGUGCCCAAGGACCAAAUCCUUUCGGCAAAAUGCUUUUGGGCGUGCAGCGCACGGCUGCCGUAGAGAUGCCUCAUCUACGCCAACAAUUCUUGAACUUUUGCUCAGGGGAAGACGUUAGUGGCGACCUGAUUGCCGAACGCCUUUUGGUGUUUGAAGCGCUUAAUCUCGGGGAGCAAGACAAAUGGUCAGGGCCAUUGCUCUGGAGUGCAGAGCCUGAGAUAUACUUCAAAGAUGGUGAUGCAAUGAUUCCCAGAGUCAAACUUGACAGCACGAGAAACGACCGGUAUAACUCCAAUAAACGUCUGAUCAUCAAAGACUCCGACCGUCGGACCUUGACUGUCACGGUUCAGCAGUCAGGAAAUCGAUACAUGGUCCUGGAACAAGCACCAGUCAAAUCCACAUAUAGCGAUCGCAUCCAGAUCAACGUUUCGAGUUCUCUUCUUCGAUCAGUGAGGGUCACUGAGACUGACCACCUGUUUUUACUUGUUGGAAGCGAUGCGCAGACCAAUCACUUCUGGAUAACCCUGUCAGAGCAGCUAGCCUCCCGUGUGGACGUUCCGCGGUCAUGGCUUAUCAAAUGUGGAGAGUCAAAAGCAGAAGCUAUGGGCGCCAUGCUAAAAGUCUACAACCAGUUGUUGGCCCAGUCACUCAUCGGUCAAGCCUUGCCUGGUAGCAAAGUGGCGGUCAUUGACCCCGACUUCUCGUUAGCCGCGGUGCUACAGGAAUAUUCUCACCAGAGCGGAGUGGAAUUGGUCCUUUUCACAACUACUGAAAACUCAUGUUGUUUGCCUUGGAUCUUCAUCCAUCCAAACCAUACCCAGCGGGGAGUCCGCGACAGAAUCCCUAAAAACAUCACGAAGUUACUCAGUAUUGGUGAUAAUAAUGAUGUGUUGUCUCGAAUCUCCGCCAGCCUACCAGCGCAUUGCAAGGUCGAGACGGAAAUGACAAUCACGAUGCAGGAUUCUCAGUACUCAUCAGCAUUAUCCAGGACUGAUCAAGUUGCUCUACAUCUUCAGCAUGCAUGGAACCGAGCUUCCUGCUCUCCAAGCCCAAUUAACUUGCACAGACUUCCGAUUUUGGGGAUUUCAGAGGUUAUUGAAAGCAGCUCUGCCAAUCAGAAACAAUCUAUUCUUUCUUGGGAAGGGGAAUCUCUCCCAGUGCAAAUACUGCCAGCCUCCAAGAAGGUGAAGUUUGCCGGAGACAAAACUUACUGGUUGAUCGGGCUUACAGCUGGCCUCGGUCUCACGCUAUUCGACGGAAAAUGGAUCCAGAAGAUGGUGGACCAUGGAUGUACAGUGCGAGUAUUUGCAAACGACAUCACCGAUCGGGAAUCUGUAUACAGUACAUAUCACAAGAUUGUGGAAACCAUGCCUCCAGUUGGCGGCGUUGCACAAGGGGCAAUGGUUCUGCAAGAUACAAUGCUCCUUGAUCUCGAUCUUCCGCGUGUUGAAAGCGUCCUCCGGCCCAAGGUCCAAGGCAGUCUCUUGCUUGACGAGCUUUUCUCGGAAGAUACUUUAGAUUUCAUGAUCUUCUUUGCAUCCAUGGCAGCCAUCACAGGGAGUGCAGGCCAAACAGCGUACAAUGCUGCGAAUAUGUUCAUGACGAGCUUGGCGGCGCAGCGCCAAAAGCGAGGUCUUGCAAGCCAGGCAAUCAACAUCGGAGCCAUCGUCGGUAAUGGCUACGUGACCAGAGAACUCCAGCUUGAACAGCAGAAAAAGGUCCAGGAAGUUGGUUCAUCGUGGAUGUCGGAACAGGACUUCCAGGAGAUUUUUGCCGAAGGCGUGAUUUCAUGUAUGGAAGAGAAAGGCACUUCUGAGAUCUGCUGCUGUCUCAAAGUCGACGACGACGACACGAAAGACUGGAUCAUGAACCCCAUGUUCCAACAUUUGGUAUCCAAGUCAAAUGCAAUGUUGUCGGUCGACAAAAAGAACCGAGCCGGGGUGAUGGUCAAGACCCAGCUACUUGAAGCGACGUCACAUGAAGAGGUGCUAGAUAUUAUUAAAGUAUCGUUCACGCUGAAACUUCAAUCAGCCCUGGAUACAGACCCCAGCAAGUCAGUCCUUGAGUUGACGCCGGACGAACUUGGAGUCGACUCCCUGGUCGCUGUGGAUCUUCGCUCAUGGUUCCUUAAAGAACUCGCCGUCGAUAUGCCAAUGCUCAAAAUCUUUAGCGCGGGCUCCAUCUCUGAGCUUCUAGAGUCCUCGAUUGACAUGGUUCCAGCACAUCUGAUCCCCAAAGUCAAGCUCAAUACCAAAACUGACGAGCCACCUUCGAAGGACGCUGACUCUCGAUUCUUGAAUGCGCCGGCAAUCAAGACUGUAGAAGAUCUCCCCCGCCGAAAUAAACGGAAACAUCAAAUCAUUCCAUUCGGAGUAUCACCAGUCUCUGGUAGAUAG